AUGGUGACAACUCUUCCCGAAUCUGUGUCAAUGUCAUUUUUCUCGUCGGGUUGCGAAUCUCCAUUAGCGACUCGUUUUCCAAUUUCUGUCUCAAAUCUCUAUGAAUUUACAGAUGAUGUCCUAAUCGAAAGUUUUGAUAAGGAGUGCACGAUGAGCGAAUCUCGACCCCUUCCACAACUUAAUGGAAUCAACAGAAUGACGAGUGUCGAAGCAUCAACGGCACGGCAUUUCGAUGAUUGCUCGGUUUUUGAAAAUAUGCAAUACCUCGGGUGCUCGAUGAUCGAAAAUCCCUCCGAUGAGGCAGAGAUGAUGAAAAUCGUGAGUCUAUUGGAUGAAAAAGCAGACACCGCCGUGCAAGUGUCACUCUCUGUGCCGAGAAGCGUCACUGGAACUGUGAGAUUAUGUGACCCAAGUGGCUCUGAACUUGGCUCAUUCCCAGUGGCCCGGAUCCGUUUCUGUGUCCGAGGACGGUUGGACAGUUCACAACGGAAUUGCUUUGCUCUUUCAUUCACUCAUCACAAUCCUGGAUCUCCCGAUGCAUCACAUCAAUGUCACGUCUUUCGAUCAUCACAACCUGAUACAGCCGGUAGAGCUCUCUAUUGUUUCUCGCAAGCUUUCACAAAUAAAGAAACGGGUGAUUCGACGCCUGGUGAUGGCUCGACAACUGAAUUCAAAUUUGAGGCUUAUUUGGAACUACGGGAAGAGGACUUGAUUGGCAAAGAGACGCAAUUCGUUCUCUGUCCCCAACAGAGCAAUACAUUCAAAUUGAGAAGAGAUCGCACAAAGAAGUUGAUUGUUCAUUUGAGACAGAUGAGCGGUCGUCCUCUUACAAUCUCAAAAUGUUUCGGGAUGUUGCUGGCGGCUGGGCGAAACUUGAGACACUCAGAUAUGCAGCUCUUGGAUAUGGAGAGUAUGGCACCGUCUCCACACGAUCCAUCUGUCUAUAUGGUUACCGCCAUUUGGGAUCCAAAAAUGCACAAUUUUGAAGUCUUGAACACGGAGACACCAAGAGAUACUCGUGUCUUCAUGACCGUUGCAGUGGAUGUGAUUGUGGCGGAAGUGAGCGAACCGGUGCGAUUCUCACUUGAGUGCAAAGCCCGAGUACAUCAUCAAUACGAGCGUUUUUGUCGAACCGCACGAAUUCCCGUCUCCGAGACAUACUAUCUUAGUUUGCAAAAAUCGACGGAGAACACAUCGAGCACGUUGGUCUUUGUGCAAAUCGAAUCUGAGACAGAUCGAGCGAGGGCAAAGAGUAAACUCGGACGAUCGCCAUCGAAAAUGCCUGCGCAAUUGCUGCAACCGGCCGGUGACGAUGAAUCGGAUAGCGAUGAACCGUUGCUUUCCGGAUCGGGCGAUGUGAAUCGAGUCGUUUCCGAGGAUGUUUUGGCUGAAUGGCAAGAAUGCAUCACUCAAUGGAAAGCCGACGAGUCUGGAGAUCGACCCGAGAAAUUGACGGCCCUUCUCGCAAAUGGAGUGCCCGAUUUGGUGAGAGGAGAAGUCUGGCAGCUUUUUGCGAAAGUACACAUGGAUCCAGAGCUAUUGAAGACCUAUCAUUUACUGCUUGUUAAGGAAUGUUCAGCCGAACAAGUGAUUAUGAGAGAUAUUCACCGAACUUUUCCAGCUCAUGAAAGAUUUAAAGCUUCUGGAGGCGAAGGUCAAGAGGCGUUAUACAAAAUCAGCAAGGCUUAUGCACUUUACGAUGAAGAGGUGUCAUACUGUCAAGGGCUUUCAUUUCUGGCCGCAAGUCUUCUUCUACAUAUGCCCGAGGAGCAAGCGUUUUGCACAUUGGUGAAAAUCAUGUUCGACUAUCAACUACGUGAUUUAUUCAAACUCGGUUUCGACUCUCUUCAUUUACGAUUUCAUCAGCUCAAUCGUUUGAUAAAGGAUUAUGAACCGGAGUUGGCGGCACAUUUGGAGGCUAUCGGUGUUGAGACGCACAUGUAUGCAAGUCAAUGGUUCCUUACCCUUUUCACAGCCAAGUUUCCUCUGCAGAUGGUUUUCUUCAUUGUCGAUCUGUUCUUGGCCGAGGGCAUGAACACGAUCUUCCACAUUUCCUUGGCACUCCUGAAGGAUGCCAAACAGGAUCUACUUCAGCUGGAUUUCGAGGGUGCACUGAAGUAUUUCCGAGUCACUUUGCCUCGACGCUAUCGCACUGAACAAAAUGCUAAAAAGCUCAUCCAGCAAGCUGUCAGUCUAAAGAUCAGCCAUAAACGCCUAUCAAAGUAUGAAAAGGAAUACAUAGCGAUUAAAGAAGAAGAACUUGAACGAGAGGAUCCAAUUAAAAGGCUAAUGAGAGAAAACAAGAAGCACUGUGAAACAAUUCUACGGCUUGAGCGAGAAAACGAUGAUUUGGCGCACGAACUGGUCACAAGCAAGAUCGAGCUGAGAAAAAAGCUGGACUUGGUGGAAGAUCAGUUGGAAACAUCAAGUAACGCGGUGGAGAGGUUAACUCGUCAAAAUGGCGAUCUCGUUGAAGAAAACAAGCACAUGCAUGAGGAAUACGAGCAGAUAAAAGAAAUGUGUCGACGAGAAGUGGAACGACUAGAAGAAGAGGCAGCUAGGACGAAGAAACUCUUACAGGAAUACAAGGAGCUCUACACAAAACUCGAUCGGCAACACGACAAACAAAAGCAAGAGUUUGCAGAGGAAAAGAAAGCAAUAGUUGCUCGGAUAUCUCAAUGCGAUGUGUGUUGGCCAAGUGUCGAGCAAUGGGAGAAAAAUCGAAGCCCUGUGCGGACACCAAACGGAGAUGCAGCUGGUGCUCUAGAGCUUUUGUCGAAAUUGGAGGAGAGUGAAGCGCAUGUGAGAGCCGUCGAACUAGAGUUGGCACAGACAAAGCUUGCCCUCGUUGAAGCCCAAUGUCGGAAUCAAGAUCUCAGCCAUCAGAUGACUACAUCUCUCCAUUCUGAAGCCACUGACACUGGGAGGAAAUGGUUCAAAAAAACGAUCACUUCAUUGAAGGAAGUCGGCACUCAACUGAAAGGACAUGAGCGGUCGAACAGCAAUGUAUCAAACAGUGAUCGGCUA